UGUGAUCUUUUUACUCAUCCUCCUGCUCCCACUCUUGCCCCAUCAUGGUCGUUCUGAACAACCACCAAAAAGGUCUUUAAUCAGAUCUCCUUUCCCUGCUUGAACCAUCUAGUCAGUCCGUUACAUACCACGUAAAAUCCUUAAGUUCUUCUCUACAAUACCCUUACUUGAGUAGCCCUUGCCAACUGAUUUUGUUGUUGUUUGUUUUUGCCAGUUCUGGGAUUUGAAUUCAGUGCUUGAGUUAGGUUCUAUCUUGGCUUGCUUAUGGAUGGAGCAAGACUAGCCUGGCAUUUUGCUGGUUAUUUUGGAGUAGGAGUCUUGUAGACUUAUCUGCUUAGUUUGGUUGAACUAUGAUUCUCCAGAUCUCAGCCCCUUAAGUAGCUGGGGUUACAGGUAUGAGCCACCAGUGUGUGGAUCCUAUCAAACUUUGACCUUGCUCUCUGCCUUCACUUUCUUAACCAUCUUACUGGCCUUUUUAUUCUUCAAAUGUGCCAUAUGUUCCCAUAUUAAGACUUGCAUUUACUGUGCCUACUGCCAAAGAUGCCAUUUUCAGACACCUGAGAAAACUCAGUUCAAAUGUCACCAUUUUGGGGAUAGGGUGGGGAGGAUGUCCUUGAUCACUCCAGUUUCAAGAGUUAUAGCCUUCUCUAGGGUUCUGCUCAUUGUCCUGCUUUAUUUUCAUUAUAACUUAUGUUACUCUCAGGAAUUGUUAUUGCAGUAGAUGCUUAUUGAUCUGUUGUCUGUCCUGCCUCAGUAGACUAUAAAUUGGAUGAUGGCAUAGACUUUCUCUCCCUUAUUUCAUGCAGCACUCCCCUAUGGGGGAGGCAAAAAGAAACAAGCAAACAAAUGAAUCCAUAAUUGCCAACAGUGUCUUUUUACCUCUUAGUACAUCUACCUUUCCAAGGGUCAGAGCAUCCUCUGUUCAGAAGCUGAGCAACCAUGACCUUUGCUGAGGAGAAGACCUAUAAGUUUAUCUGCCGCAAUCACAGCAGUUUUUGCCGGGUGGAUGUUCUGGAGAUUUUGCCCUACCUGCCCUGCCUUACAGCCAGCGACCAGGAUCGCCUGCGGGCCUCCUAUGCGCGCAUGGGGAACCGGGACACACUCUGGGAACUCUUCAAUAGCCUUCAGCGGCGGACCGGCUGGGUGGACAUCUUCAUCAGGGCACUGAACAUCUGUGAACUGUCUGGGCUCGCCGAACAAGUGGCCAGUGUCUACCAGAGCUACCUGCCUCGAGGAGCCCCAGCCCACUCUCCAGCCCAAUCGGAGGAUUCAGCAGUUCCUGCCAAGAUUUCAGGAGCCUCUGAAUCUGCCACAGCCCACAACAGACCCCACAAUGGCUAUCAAGGGGAGGCAGCUUACCCCAUGCCUGUCCAGGACACCCAGCUGCCAAAAUCCCCGGGAGAGAGUUCAGAGCCAGCCCAUGACUUGGGGGCCAACCAGAGGAGUUCCAGUGGCUCUUUGGGGCCCUCAUCUAACCUGCCAGUCCUCAACCCUGUGGUCUCCAGCAGACAUCAGGAGCAGGCCCCAGAACUAAGCAGCACCCACGAAGCAGCUGCAGGUGCUGUCGCCAGUACCAUACCAGCUCGUGGGCCUGUGUCUCCAACUGUCUCCUUUCAGCCCCUGGCCCGUUCCAGGGAAAGUCGCUUGCCUGGGCCUGCAGGGUCAGCUCCAUCUGCUGGCAAUUCCUCCCUUUCCUCAACCUCUGGUGUGGCUUCUGCAAAGGGAGCAGGUGAUGCAGAAGUACCUGGCAACUCUGUGACCACCAACCCAGUGCCUCCUCCUACUACCCUGAUGCCUGUGAACACCGUGGCUUCCAAAGUGCCUUCCACCCCAACACCUGCCAGUACAGGGGCUUCCAAGUUGCCUACCAGCUCAAGGAUCCCUGGUGCAAUGCCCCCUAAUAUUCUCACCCAUCCAGCACCAUCCAAAUUGCCCAUCAACUCAACACGUGUUCGCACAAUGCCACCCAAAGUGCCUGCUGGCAUUGGACCCUCCAGCAAGAACAGUAGCAGAACCAAGGGGACCCCAGAGGUGUCAGCACCCACAGCUGCCUUCAGAGGCAGUUCAGUCUGCCCAGACAGAAGCUCAGUGCUGGAGCUGAGCAAGCCUGGUGUGCUGCUGUCCCCGCUGGAUAGCCAGCCAUUCUCAGGCUGUUCAGAGGACCUCGCCAUCAGCCCCAGCAGCUCCCUCGGCUCAGAAGCCAGCCAUCAUCCACAGCCCAGUCAUGGCCCAGAGGAGAAUGAGUAUAUGUCCUUUACGAUGAACACAAACAAGGACUCGAGCAUGGACCUCAAGGAAGCUAGUCCUGGGCAGCUAGCUGUCCCACAGCCCCAGGAAGUGGAAGCAAUCUGUGUGGGGACCAGCUCCUGGGCUUCCUGGCUUGGAGCAGCCGGGGCUGCGGCACUUCUGGCAAUUGUGCUCCUGGCUGUAAAGCGGCACCUGUCCCAGUGAAGCCUCAGCCUUAAGCCAGGUGGCGCCACUCACCUGCCUUGUUCCCCAGAGCUCUUUCUCCUGGCUGGGCUGGCAGAGGCUGAACCAAGGGGGAGGCUCAGGGAUCAGGAUUCUGGCGGGACCUCCCACCAGAAUCCUGACAGUAGAUGGGUCUUAGCUUACACCAUGUGCCUGUCCUUAACUGCCUUUGGCUUUCCAGGCUUUGGGCUUCCCCGGGUACUUCAGACCUGUUCACCUGGCAGUGUGGGGUAUCACCCUGGGUGCUCCUGACUUGCUACCCAACUAGGUGUUAUCCCUUGCCCAGGUCCCCUGUGGCCAUGGAACAAGUGUGCUGCGUGGGGGGAACCCCCAAUACCUCUUCCCAUCUUGCCGUCCAGUCUGGUGCCUUAGCACUGCAGCUGGGGAGCUGCGACAUGGCUGGUCUCCAGGGUGGGCUCACUGCUUUGGGUGCCAUGGCAGAGGGCAGACCCUAAGGAAGGAAGAGGCGGCUGCUUCUUCCUGGUGCCAGGAAGACCUCCGAUAUUCCUCCAGUCUCCUCACUCCCUGGCUCCACUCCCGCACCCUACUGAUGUCCCUUCCCUUUAGCUUCCUUUGGUUGGGGGAGGGACACCCAGUAUGCAGAACCCACGCCAAGGCCUGCAUUUCUGGGCUGGCCUGAGCAGAUGUCGGGAUUCUGCUUCCCCAUGUGGGCAUGAAACUCUAGCUAAUCCUUCACUGGGUUCUUCUGAGGUUGAAGCGUAAAGGCGUUUGCCAAGUGCCUUGCCCAGAGGAGGAAUGUUUCUCUUUCCUCCUUCCUGCCCAGCCUGGUCAAGCUGAUGGCUUGAGGCAGAGCAUGGAAGGGUGCGCUCUGCAGGCAGCGGCUUUGCCGGCAUCCUGUUCUGCCUCUCACUGGCUCUGUGAUCCCAGGCAAGAUAGUAACCAUUCUGUGCCUCAUUUUUUCUCACUGCUAAGUGCGUGCAUGCACGUGUGUGUGUGUGUGUGUGUACCUGUCAUAUUGUCAUGAGCAUUAAAUGAGCUUAUCUGUGUAAAUUUACCAUGUGACUUGUCCUUCACUAAGUGUUAGAUGCAGGUUGUUAUAGCCACAAUUGAAUGGGAAGGUGCAUAAGCCCAUGGGUAUACCUUUAGAGGUAAAUCUGGACCCCAUCCACUGUCUCCCCCUCCUGUUUGCCCCUUAGUAGUGCCUGUGCAUUGGGGAGUUGCUAGGGAAAGAUCUGUAUCUGCUGGGCAGUUGUGCAGGACAGAGGCCAGUGAGUUCUCCCCCACCUCCCAGUGGCAUAUGGGAGACACAGUGGGCUACUUUGGGCAUCUAUUUGUGGGUUCUUUCUGUGAGUGUGCUGGCACUGGGACUUGAGCUCAGGGCCUGAAAGCUGUCCCUUACCUUUUUUGCUCAAAGGUGGUACUUUACCACUUGAGCCACACUUCUACUUCCAGCAUUUUGGUGUUUAAUUGGAAGUAGGAGUCUUACCGACUUUCCUGCAUAGGCUGUCUUUGAACCAUGAUCCUUACAUCUCAGUCUCUUGAGGAUUACAUUGUGGGCCAUAGACACCGGCUUACUUGUAGGUUCUUUUCACGUGGCCUUUGCUGGACGAGGGGUAGACACAGGAUCCAUCUUCAUUCAGGUUGGUGACAUAAGGGGUGGGGUUUACUGUGGCCCACCUCCAAGUUGUCAGCUUUCAGGGAAGCUUUCCUGUGUACUGCCCUAGGGAAUUUCAACCCACACUCCAAACCCCACAAGCUGUGCCCUGUAUCUGGGAAUGGUCUGUCCCGAAGCUUGUCUGUACUAUUUCCCAUCACCCCUGUGUUUAUAACCAGCCCCUCUGCUCCCUCCUGCACUGAGUACUACACUGGCUGAGUCAGUAAACAAUUCUGCAUAUGUGCUUUUUUAAUGUGUUGUUUUUCUAUGGUAGCUUUGGGGGAAAAAAGUAUCUCAAGAAUGCAGUGUGUAGCCCCAGAGAGUAGCCUAGUGUAUGUGAUUUCAAGCACACUAACUGGCCACUGUGGGAGGUACCUCAGGUCAGGUGCAUGGGAAGUGUGGAGGACUUUUCUAAUUCUUCUAUCCAGAGCCUUGAUGUGAGGUACUGUGGUCUGAAUUCAGGGACUCAUGCUUGCUAAGGCAGGUGUACCACUACUUAAGCUGCACUGCCAGCCCUUUUGUUUUCUUUACUGUUCCAAUAGGGUCUAGCCUUUUUGCUUGGGGCAGGCCUUGGACUGUGAUCCUCUGAUGUAUGCCUCCCUCAUAUCUUGAAUUACAGGUAUAAACUACUUGGCAUAUUUGCUGAGAUGUGCACGUGUGUGCGUGUGUGUGCGCGCGCAUGUGUUUCAUUAACUUUCUGCCUGGGAUUGGCUUUGAACCAUGAUCUUCUAGAUCCAGAAGACAGGAUCAUGAGUAACUAGGAUAACAGCCAUGCGCCACUGGCACCUGUUGAAAGUAGGAGGCUUGCACUAAUACAGAGGCUAUAGCACUAUUUAUUCAUAUGGCAGUGGUGUUUGACCUCAGCUUCCUACUCACUUGGCUUGCUUGCUUGGCUGGUGCUCUACUAUUUCAGCCACUCCUUCAGCUAAAACUCAUACAUUUUGGAGGAAUAGAAGUUGAGGUUUCAAUGUGAACUUUUAUGUCUCUUCUAAAUUCUUGUUGAAACCUAACCCCACAGUGAUGGCAUUAGGAGGUGGGCCUUUGGGAGAUGACUAAAUCAAUGAAGACUUCCCUGUCCUGAAAGGGACCCCUGCUCCGAGGCUGGAGGGGCCUUCCUCCUCCUUCUGCCACAGGAAGCAGCUGGGGGCAUUUACCUGAUGCUAAAUUUGCUGGGGCCUUGAUCUUGAGUUUCCCAGUCUCCAACACCAUGAGCAAUAAACUGCUGCUUAUAGAU